AUGUCCAGAAAAUCGAGCCACGCGCAAGGGCCUACGCCAGUACAACAUUCUCAACACCAUGUGGAGCCCGUGCCAGUGCCAGUAACACUCGCCCAUAUCAACGACUUGCCCAUGUGCUCAGACAGAUAUUGCACCAUCCCCGGAAAAUACCACUCGUACUGGCGCUUGCCGAUCAACCAUCGGGAGGCGAUCCCCGUCUUCAGACUCCGUAUCGGAGCCGGAGGGCUCUUCAGCGCUGAGAUUCCCAGAGACCCCGAGAUGGACGUCCUGAUCCAAGAUACGUCCCACGAAAGUUACGGGUAA